GUGCACAUUUCGAGAAGCGGUUUGCUCCCUCCCUCACAACUUUCUCUUCCAGUCUCCGUAGCUGCUUCAUGUGUUGGCUCCUUCACAACUACAGCAGUUGAUUCUUUUUCCGGCCCAAUGGCUGUAGCGACGACGGUCUCCACAUCUACACCCACUAGCGCAAAUAUAAAUGACUCACUAAAUCAUCUUGCCAUUCAGCUUCAGCGUGGUCAAAAUAGCCUAAUGAGGAUCCUAUCGGAGAACCAGCAUCUUCUAUUACUUCAUGUUGACCAUCGGAAUAACCAGCUUUUGGAGCGGUUUGACCGACUUGAAAACAGAAUUAUUGCUUUGGCGGAAGACUUGGAUAGAAUUCGCUACUUUCCUCGCAUCUAG